AUGCUAGCUUUCAAUAAAAUACCCAAAAGAAAGUCAACACUAUCAAUAAGGAAUCUCACCAACUCAACAAUAAGUCACCAAAAGAAAUCAUCAAAAAAGUCAAAAGAACCACCUAAAAAAGAACAUACAUUAGAAUCAAUACAAUAUGGUCCACUUUCACAAGCACAACAAGCUUAUUUAGAUAGAGUCAUAAGAGUAGACCAAGCAGGAGAAUUAGGAGCCAAUUACAUCUAUAAAGGUCAAUACUUUAUAUUAGCAAAUAAAUAUCCUCAUUUAAAACCAAUAUUAAAACAUAUGUGGGAUCAAGAAAUUCAUCAUCAUAAUACUUUCAACAAUUUACAAAUAGAAAGAAGAGUUAGACCUAGUUUAUUUACACCGUUAUGGAAAUUGGGAGCGUUAGGAAUUGGAAUGGGGACAGCAUUAAUUAGUAAAGAAGCUGCUAUGGCAUGUACAGUUGCUGUUGAAACUGUUAUUGGUGGUCAUUAUAAUGAUCAAUUACGUGUAUUAAUGAAUCAAUAUGGAGUUGAUAUUAAAGAUAAAGAAACUGGAGAAAUUUUAAAAACUGAAGAGUUGGAAAGAGAUUUAAAAGUUAGUAAUGAAUUAAAAGAUUUAAAAAAUACUAUAAGUCAAUUUAGAGAUGAUGAAUUAGAACAUUUAGAUACUGCUAUUGAACAUGAUGCUCAAAAAGCUGUUCCUUAUAUGAUUUUAACUGAAGGUAUUAAAUUGAUAUGUAGAGGUGCAAUUUGGACUGCUGAAAGAAUAUAG